AUGAAAGUUGUUUAAUUAGACUCCUUUUUUUAUACUUUUGAUAAUUAUUUAAAUAACAAUUAAAUAUAUAUCAGAUAAUAAAAUCUCAAUUUUUAGAAAAACCUAACAAUUAUGAAGGCUUUAAUCACUUAACCUAGGAACAAAUUCGAAGAAUAGCUAAAGUAAAUAGAAUUUGAGUAGAUAAAAAGACCUUUUCUGUAUUAAAAAUAAGAUGCUAAACCUGAAACACUAUCAAUUUAAAGUUUCAAAUUAUUUGACUAAUUAAAAUAUCCUAAAUAAUUUGGAUGCUUUUUUAUGCCAACUCAUCUGUAUGAAUAAGAAUCAUUUGAUAUUACAAUUAAUGAAUCAAAGGUAAAUUUACUUAAUUGCAUGUAUGCAUACUCUCUUUAAGACAAGAAAAAUGUAGUGAUUACACUUUAAGAUUUCAACAAUAACUUUUUGAUUUUAGGAUCUUACUAAGCAAGCAUUUAAUUAAAAGAAGAUGACUAUAUUUAUGAUGUAAGUGUCAAUGCUGCAAUUUUAGGAUCUAAAUUUAUUUUAUUGGUUGUCAAAUCAAGAUUCUAAAUUUAAAUUUUUAUACUUACUCUAGAUUUAGUUUUAGUAAUGUAAUACUAAAAAAAUGAUGUAUUUUUUAUCAAAAAAGAAUGCUAUAUUGAUUAUGACUUUAAUAAAAAAUCAAUUCAUAUUUUUGAAAAUGAAAUAGAUUAUUCAGAAGAUGGAAUAAUUUAUUAUUAGCAUUAGUAAAUUCUAUUAAGAAUAGAUACAAAUAGCAAGCAAGUCAUAUCAAGGAUUUUUAAAGAAAAUUUUAACAUUCUAUUAAGACUACUUCCAGUCACAUAAAGUGAAUUUAACUAUUACUUUAAAAGCUGCUAAAAAGAGACACUAUCUGGCUAUGAUAAUUCGAAGAAAGAGAACUUUGUUUUAUUUACAAUUAUUAAUGAUAAAAUUUAUUAAAUAAAUUAAUUUAAUCUAAUGAUAAUCAGAAUUACAAAAUGUGAUAGCUUGAAAUAUAUUAAAGAUCUUGAUUAUGAUAAUUAUCAUGAAUAAAUUUAAGCUUUUGUUAUACCUAUUUAAAUUUAGAAUAGAUAAAAGAAAGAAUUUUCAAAUUGGACCUUUUUAAUAAAGAACCAAAACUAACCUAUUAAUUUAAUAGAUUGGAAAGAAAAAAACUUGUUUCAAAAAUAGAAAAUAAAAUAAGGCGAUUAAUUUAAUGAAUUCAAAUAGUUAAACUAAGAUUAUUUCAUCAGCAAUUUAUGUUUUUUGAAAGGAAAUACCUUAGUUGAAUUUAAGAAUGCAAAUAGAUAUUUUUCAAAUACUUUUACUUACUAAUUAAAUAUUUUGAAGAAAAAAGGCAAUAAAAACUAUGAAUAUAAUUUCAAAGCAAUAUAUAAAAUCUAGAAUGAGAUAACUAAGUUAUUAAAAAUUUUAAAAUAUUAUUCACCAAUACUUAAAAAUAACCUUAUUACAUUUCCUUGUUUAAUUAUAGAUGGUAAUUACGAACAACUGAAAAGCCUUCACUUGGGAUUAAUUACAUCUAAUGAAUAAAAAUCUUUUUAUCUUAAAAAAUUAGAGAUAUCAUAAGAAGAAAUGAGUUAACAAUAAAACUCAUAAUUUAUCGUUUAUGAGUGGGCUACUCAUUUUGCUGUUUAUAAACUUGCAAAGAAUUAAACAAUAAAUAAAAUUUAAAACUUUAGUUUUGAAGUUAAAUACAAUAAUAGAUGGGAAAUAUAUCCAAACAAUAUUGAAUAAUUUCAUUUUAAUAAUAGUAAAUCUGAGCUUAUAUUUAUUCGCCGUUUAAAUUAUUGCUAUAAAAAUGAAAAAAAAUAUUUUGGGAUUUUUGAUAUUAACAAAAAUUAAAUAAUAAAGGAGUCAGUUCGCUUUUCAAAGUAUACCGUUGGUUUAUACUCUAAUUAUAAUAGUGAAACCAAAGAAUUUAUUCUGCUAUUUAAAAAUAUAGUUUAAGAUACAUUUUUAGCCUUUUAUUCAUUUGAUUUGAUCAAAUUCAAAUUCAAAUUCAUAAAUAUGCACAAAAGUUAUUUUUAUUUGUAUAAUACUUCAUCUUUCAAUAAAGGAGAUAUCUUUACUGUUAGAGGCGAAAGUCAGAUCAUAUAAUUUGAUAGAAAAAAAAAGUUCGAAAUAAAAAAAAUUAUCGAAAUAAAAGAUGAAUUAUUAAAAUUCAAUAAAUAAAAUAUCAAAAAAUAUUUUAUUUGA